AUGCGGUGCUCCGGUCUUUUUCUGCUCCGCCGCACGUGCGUGGUGCUGCAGCAGCUCCCCAUGCCGAUGCCGCCGCGGCGACCGGGCAGCAGUGUGAACAUGCAGCACUCCAUGGAGCUGGAGGCGAAGCGGCGGAUGGAGCUCGACGAGGCCACGCGCCACCGCUACGUGGUGGUGAAGGAGGAGACCACGGCGCGCAGCGGGCGCGUGAUCGGCAUCGACCUCGGCACGACAAACAGCUGCAUCUCCUACGUCGACGACGCGACGGGCCGGCCCAAGAUCAUUCCCUCCCCGACCGGGUCGUGGGUGUACCCGACCGCCGUCACGUUUGACAAGAAUCACAAGGUUCGCCUCUACGGGGAGGAGGCGCGGGCCUGCGUGCGCACCAGCGCAAGCGCCACACUCUGCAGCGGCAAGCGCCUCAUUGGCAGGGGCGUGGGCGAGCUCGGCCGGGUGCAGUCGCAGCUGCACAAGACGAACAUGCUGACACUCAACGAGAAGGGGGAGGUGGCGGUGGAAAUCAUGGGUCGCACCUACACGGUGGUGCACAUCAUUGCCAUGUUUUUGCGCUACCUGAAGCAUGAGGCGGAGAAGCACCUGAAGGAGCCGGUGGACGCCGUAGUUGUGAGUGUGCCGGCCUUCUUUACGCCGCAGCAGAAGGUCGCCACGGAGGACGCGGCUUUGGCGGCCGGCUUUGACGUGUUCGAGGUGAUUGAUGAACCCUCCGCGGCGUGUCUAGCGCAUACCGUCCUGCUUGGCGCGGCGAAGCAGCAACCACCGUCGAGGCAGCGUGUUGUGCGGUCGCUUGUGUUUGACCUGGGCGGCGGCACACUGGACUGCGCCGUCAUGGAACACGACCAGCGCCGUGGCACCUUCACACUCGUCGCCACGCACGGCGACCCGCUGCUCGGCGGCAACGACUGGGAUGCGGUGCUCUCGCAGCACUUUCUUGAUCAGUUUGAGCACAAGUGGCGUGUCCCGCUCGAGGACGCGGAGGGAAACGUGGGCCAGGGCGUGGCCGCCUACCGCCAGCUUGUCCUCGAGGCGGAGAAGGCCAAGAUUCACUUCACCCAUUCCAUUGAGCCCUACUACGGGUAUAACCGCGCCUUUCACUUCUCUGAAAAGCUGCGCGAUAUUGUGCCGCUGGAGGCGACGCUGACGCACGAGGAGUACGUUGCGCUGACGCGUCCGUUGCGCGUGCGCUGCAUAGAGUGCCUGAAUAAGCUCUUUGACCACACAGGGAUUCAGGUGAGUGACAUCGACAACGUCCUGCUGGUGGGAGCCAUGACGCGGGAUCCGCCGAUUCGGCAUAUGUUGUCGGAGUACUUUGGGCGCCCCAUCGCCCCAGAGAACACCUGCCCGGCAGACUACGCGGUGGCCAUCGGCGCCGCGAUUCGUGGGGCAAUGCUACAGGGCAAAUUUCACGAUUUAUCGAUCAAUACUCGCUUUGUGAGCGGCACUGCGCAAGCCAUGCGCCACGGCGGUCCCAUCCGUCGUCUGUGGAAUCGCAUGAAUGCGUUGAUCACGCGGUCGGUGAACCCCAACGCGAUUGGCCAACGCUGGCGUGGGCGCGCCAAGGGCCUGAGCGACGACGAAAUAGCCAACUACGCGAAGGAGCUGGUGGAGUUUGAGGCGGCCUGCCAACGCCGCCUGUUGCUGGAGCGGGCGGAGAGCGACGCCAACUUCGUCAUGCGCCGUGUGACGGCGGACUCCAACAAGCGGCAGGGAAUGCAGGAGAAGCGUGUGCGGCAGUUGGCUGAGCAGCUCAAGUUUUGGCAGUACAUGGUGCACAACUUUCACGACCACGAGGAGGAGCUGCAGCGUACCGUGAAGGAGUUGGAGGAGACGCUGGAUGAGCUGGAGGGGUUUGCGGAGGACAACACCGCGGCUCUCACGAGUGAGGGCACGGUUAACUUUGCCAACGCAACCCCUCCCAAUCACUGCAGUGAAGAGGCUGCCGCAGGCAACGCGCCAGCGCCUCAGCCAUCAGCACCAGGAGAACCGGAGGAGGCGCACAACGGGUCUGAGGGGCAGAAGGAACGGCCACGAGGCCCCAAAAUUAUACGGCGUCCCGUUCCGCUACCAAAGGCGAGUGCGGAGGCGCAGGAGCUUGUAGAGGCAGGGCAUCCCGCUUUGCGCGGCGCGGAUGUUGCCAUGACCGAAUCCACGCGCAGCUCCUUCUUUGAGGCGCAGGUGGAGGAGCGCGCGUGGCGCGAGCCGCCAACGCCGCCUGGCGAGGAGGGCUCCUGGCAGGAGGUGAAGCGUGCUGUGGAGGCGGGUGAGGCGGUGGGGAGUCCUGUUUCCCCACAGGAGCUGCAGCGGCCCAUGACGCAGGAGGAGAUGCUGCAGGUGCUGCUAACCAUGGCACCCAUUGAUGACCCGGUAAGCGAGGAGCACGCGAGAAGGCGCGACCUCGCACUUGACCUGCAGACCAUGACUGUCGUUGAGGGGAUGGUGGACAUGGCGGCGUUGGAGACCCGCCUGGAGGAAGCCGCCAGGGCGCGGGAGGAGGUGCAGCGGGCGCAGAAGAAAGCGGAGAUGAGCACCCCAGCCGCCACCUCAGCCAGCCUUUUCCGAAGGGACUGA